AUGUUGGACUUAAUAGCUGCCUUUGCCUUUCGGAUCCCUCUAUCCCUAACAUUCAACGUUUUCAAGGCCGCGAUCGGAGCUUCAGCUCGAGGUCUUCCGCUCCGCCCGAGCAUCCAGAAUGCGUGCGCAAGAGCCAUCAUGGACUGCCUCCAUCCCCACCAGGUCCAGGCAAUUGCCCCGUCCACGAUGCAAACAUACACAUCCUGGAUCCGUCGGAAUGCGCAGCGCACGGGAUUAUACCACCGAGUUGACACGCUGAAGGACGAGACAACUCACCUCGUCUGGCUUGGGCCUAAGAGAUCCGAUAAGGUGAUACUAUUUUUUCACGGAGGAGGAUACGUGCUCCCACUUUCAGGUGGCCACCUUGACUGGAUGGCACAUGUGAGGAAGAGCUGCUUGGAAGCCUCAUUGGAUGUCAGCGUUUGCAUACUAGAGUACUCACUUGUUCCUGGACACCGCUAUCCUACACAACUCAGACAAGCCCUUAUGGGACUACAGCACUUGGUAGACCAUGGCUACAAACUCUCCGAUAUCAUACUAGGUGGAGACUCCGCCGGGGGCCACCUUUCCCUCUCAGUGCUCUCCGCGCUGAUGCACCCACAUCCACAUCACUCUUCCGCCGCUACCACCAUCACCUCCACAGUGGGAAAUGACUCCGGCCGUCUCCGAGGCUGUUUCCUCAUCUCGCCGCUUUUAUCCCUUGACCUCACCACACCAUCCUACCGCCAGCGCUUCAGUGUCGACGUGUUGUCGCCCUACGUGGUUCGCACAUUCGCAAAGUACCUCGUCGACCAGACUUCCUGGCACGAGGAGAUCUCACAGGGAAAAGGAUGGGGGAUGGCGUUGGAUGUUCCGAGCAAAUGGUGGAACAAUUUAGGGCUGGUAGUGGACGAGCUGCUUGUUACGGCGGGACAGGAGGAGAUCUUCCGUGACCAUGUGGGCCAGUUUGUGCAGCUUAUCCGGCAGCAGACCACGGUCGACUUGGUCGCCCAUAUCGCACUGGACGAGGCUCAUGAUGCGCCCUUGAUGGAUUUCGUGGCGCGUCGACCACCCCGGGGCACUACCGAGAUCGUCACGCGGUGGAUUGUGGAUGCUUUUCAGAAGCAGGACUGA